AUGCCUUCGCGUUGUGUUGCUGGAUUUUGUUCUAACACUCACGAGAACGGUAUUAGUUUAUUCAAGUUUCCUAAAGAUCCAGAGCUUCGUUCAAAGUGGAUACAACAAGUAAGACGCACCCGUGACAAGUGGUUUCCUUCCCCCACUUCUGUUCUUUGUUCUGAACAUUUUGAAAUAGAUUGUUUUGACACCGUUCCCAGCAUAAAAAGAUCACUUGGUUGCCAAGUUCAACAUAAGCGAGUGUUAUUGCCUACAGCUGUGCCUACAGUUUUCCGCAGGAAUGCACGUAAACCGAAUGCUACAGCUGCAGUUAUAACAAGUCCGGGAGUUUCUUUUGAUGUCAGUUUUGACGGGGCAGGUUUUGAGCGGCAGAGUCAGCAUGAUACCAGUUCCACCCUCAAGAAAGUUAGAACUUGUGUCCAGAAAAGACAGAAAAUACAAGUUCUUUCUGAUGCUUUCGCACAACAUGAACAGCGUGUUGAAGCUGAAACUACAAUAGAAGCUUCACUCUUGAACUGCGAUGCAAGUUGCCAAGCUGACAUACCUAAAAGGAUUAAAACCAGGACUGUAUCCGUUGCUGUCAAACCCAAAAGCAGAGUAAAGGGUAAAAUAUGA